CGCCGCAACACCGCCCACCCACCCAAACCUCCCAAUCCACGCCGCCGCCUCCGGAGCAAGGUUCACAAAUCUCGGCGAACCGCGGCGUCCGGCGACCGAACGAAGCCAAGAUGCAGAUCUUCGUGAAGACGCUGACGGGGAAGACGAUCACGCUGGAGGUGGAGUCGUCGGACACGAUCGACAACGUGAAGGCCAAGAUCCAGGACAAGGAGGGGAUCCCGCCGGACCAGCAGCGGCUCAUCUUCGCGGGCAAGCAGCUGGAGGACGGCCGCACGCUCGCCGACUACAACAUCCAGAAGGAGUCCACGCUCCACCUCGUCCUGCGACUCCGCGGCGGCGCCAAGAAGCGCAAGAAGAAGACCUACUCCACGCCCAAGAAGCUCCCGCACGAGCACAAGAAGACCGAGCUCGCCGUGCUCGGCCACUACCGGGUGGACGACGCCACGGGCAAGGUGGAGCGCCUGCGCAAGGAGUGCCCCAACCCGGACUGCGGCGCCGGGACCUUCAUGGCGGCCCACGCCGACCGCCACGCCUGCGGCAAGUGCGGCCUCACCUAUGCCUACGCCGCAGGGGCCCAUAGCCUGGAGGUUGAUAGUUGAUUAGAUAUAUCGAUUGAUGUGUUUUUACUACUCCAUCUAUAAAUAGAUGCCAAAGAUUUGUCUAAAUUCGAAUGUAUCUAUACACUAAAUUGUGACUAGAUACAUUCAAAUUUAAACAAACUUUUGGCAUCUAUUUAUGGACAGAGGUAGUAGUUUCGAUGAAUUUGCUGUGAAUUUAGUAUUGUUCUGGAAUCUAGAUUUUGAUGCUUUUGUAAGCAAAUACCAUGUGGUUGUGAUCCGCGCAUGUUUUGAGUAACAAUAUCGCAUUUCGACGUA